AUGUCUGACAAAGCAAGCUGCUCUGGGGAUGUGAGAUCCCUACAUUUUGAGGAUGAUACUGCCAAAAAUGGGGAAAAGCAGGAAGAAAUGAAAUCUGGGGAUUUAGAAAAUCAAGAUGAAGAGAAGAAAGAAGAAAAAAAAGAUGAAGAGAAGAAAGAAGAAAAACAAGAUGAAGAGAAGAAAGAAAAAAAAGAAGAUGAAGAAAAGCAUGAUGAAAAGGGUAUUGAAGUAGUUGAUUAUUCAAAGGUGGAGGUGCCAUCUUCCUUACAAUCCCUUUGUCGUUAUGUGGAAACCACACUAAAGCCUCAGGAGAAGAUCAUGAACUUUACAAUUGAGAAGGAGGUGUUUGGUGCAGAUUGCAGUACCUUUGUCUUGCUUGAAGAUAUUACACAGUUAGCAGGCAUGGAAGAAAUUGGGGCUACUGUGCUUGCAUUUGCCAAGGGAAAAGAGCAAGUGCCGUACCCCCAAGCAGCUAUUGAUGAAGUCAGGAAUGAAUGGGCAGAGUUUGUUUGCCUUCAUGUGGACUAG